GUGGUGAAAGAGUUAAGGAUGGAGGCACGUGCACUGCAGGGUGGAGGAUGAGAUUUCAUAUCCUCUAGACACAACAAACGCACAGCAUGACUUCGAUGUUUGUCUGCAGCAGUUUGUCAGGUUUACCUUAGAGGAGCUCUUUCAUCUGCGUGGGACUUUGUCAUCGAGUCCACAUUAGUUCGUAAACAUUGAGCCUGAGGUGAGUGUUUUUUUCCUCUCUCUCUCAUUAGUACUAACUGAUUAUGACAGCACCUUUGUCUUCACUUUGUUUGACAAAUUCAUUGUAUGAUAUAAUGAUAUGUAUGAUAUAACAAUACAACUCCAUCUGGCUCAGCAUGUCAACACACCCAUCCUGUUUAUCCUGACUGCAGACAAAUAUGAUUACAAAUAAGCAAUGCUGUGAUGCAGAGAUGACUUCACUUCCUUGAUGCUUUUUCCCCUUCUGCAGGCUGUGCAGCCACUAAGCAGGAUGAAGAGAGGAGAGAAAUGUCUUCUGAAGAACAUGCCUCGACAAUUUCCAAAGGUAACUCUGAGCGUGGCCGACGAGGAGAUGGAGUUACUGGCAGAGAAAGUUUAUCAAUGUGCAUUGAAGGAAGAAGACGCUGACGCCUAUGGAAUGUUCUCCGUGCCCGAGGACUGUCCAAUCGAGCUCCACCAAGAAAUGGAGCAGGAGCUGCUGAAGGAGUUGGCAGAGAAGAAAUCAGAGGAAAGUACCAAGAGAAAGAAAAGCAUGAUGAUGAUCCGUUCUCAGUCGCUUCAUCCAGACUGGACAUGGUCCGUGGCCACUACUCCAUUCCCAUCUCCCAGCUCCACCAGUUCAUCAAUGCAGGAAACCUAUCCAGAUUACCAGAGGGUCACUAUCAGUGGGGACUACUGCGCAGGAAUCACUCUGGAGGACUAUGAACAGGCUGCGAGGAGUCUUUUCAAAGCGCUGCGCAUCCGCGAGAAAUACUCAAAACUGGCCUAUCACCGCUUCUGCAGAACCACUUCCCAGUUCCUCUGCAGUGCUGAGAACAUGAGAUGGAGCGAGGAAGAUGAGGUUCUACCAGACAUGUACCCUAACCCUGCUGAAGGGGAGGAUCCCUACAGCAUGGAAAACAUUCCUGCCAACCUGAAUUAUACACUAAAGAUGAAGGAUGGAAUAAUGCAUGUGUACGACGACGACGAAUCACUGAGACGAGAGGAGCCUCGUGAUCUCCCUUAUCCAGACUUGGAAACCUUUGCCAUAGACCUCCGUCACGUGCUGGCGAUGAUCGCAGACGGACCCACGAAGUCCUACUGUCACAAGAGACUGAACUUCUUAAGCUCAAAGUUCUACCUCCACGAGAUGCUGAAUGAGAUGGCUGAACUGAAGGAGCUGAAAAGUGUUCCUCACAGAGAUUUCUACAACGUCAGGAAGGUGGACACACACAUCCACGCCGCAGCUUGCAUGUCUCAAAAACACCUGUUGAACUUCAUCAAGGACAACUACAAGAGUGAGGCAGAACGUGUGGUGCUGGAGAAGGACGGGGAGAAGAUGACCCUCAAACAGGUGUUCCACAGUCUCAGUAAGGACCCGUACGAUCUGACCGUCGACUCCCUGGACGUACACGCGGGCAGACAAACCUACCACAGAUUUGACAAGUUUAAUUCCAAGUACAACCCAGUGGGAGCCAGUGAACUUCGUGAAAUCUUUCUGAAAACGGACAACUUCAUUGACGGAGAGUAUUUCGCUCGCAUCAUAAAGGAAGUGGCUUGUGGCCUGGAGGAGAGCAAGUAUCAGCACGCAGAACCACGUCUGUCCAUCUAUGGACGAUCUCCAGAGGAGUGGAAAAAUCUGUCCCAGUGGUUCAUUUCUCAAAAACUCUACUCUCAUAACAUGAGGUGGAUCAUUCAAGUGCCCAGGAUAUAUGACAUCUUCAAGUCAAAGAAGCUGGUGCCUAAUUUUGCCAAGAUGCUGGAGAACAUCUUUCUUCCACUCUUUGAGGCGUCUGUCAACCCACAAAAUCACAAAGAACUUCAUGUUUUCCUCAAAUAUGUGACAGGUUUUGACAGUGUAGACGACGAGUCCAAACACAGUGACCACAUGUUUUCCUUCAAGAGCCCAAAACCAGAGAAGUGGACCAGUGAUGAGAACCCUCCCUACAGCUACUACAUAUUCCACAUGUAUGCAAACAUCAUGGUCCUCAACAACCUCAGGAAAGAGCUUGGACUUGGCACCUUUCAGUUCCGUCCACAUUGUGGAGAAGCUGGAUCAGUCACUCAUUUGGUCUCUGCGUUCCUGGCUGCUGACAACAUCUCACAUGGACUCAACCUGAAGAGGAGCCCUGUACUGCAGUACCUGUACUACUUGGCCCAAAUGCCAAUUGCAAUGUCUCCACUGAGCAACAACAGUCUUUUCUUGAAAUACUCCAAAAACCCCUUCAGAGAGUUUCUGCAGAAAGGUCUGUGUGUGUCCCUGUCCACUGACGAUCCAAUGCAGUUCCACUACACCAAGGAACCACUCAUGGAAGAAUACGCCAUAGCCGCUCAGCUGUGGAAACUCAGCACCUGCGAUGUCUGUGAAAUAGCCAGGAACAGUGUCCUGCAGAGUGGACUGUCCCACCAGGAGAAGAAGCUGUUCCUGGGGGUGAACUACCUGAAGGACGGACCUGAAGGGAACGACAUCCGUCGGACCAACGUGGCCCAGAUACGAAUGGCCUACAGACACGAGACACUGUGCAAUGAGCUGAGCUUCAUAGUUGGCGCAGUGAAGUCUGACAAUGAUUAGUACAAUUGGGACAUUAUCUCUGACUGGGAUGAAAUACAAGUCCAAAAAAUGAUAGUCGGGUCAAUAGACGACACUGGAAGUUUCCGUAGAGUGAGACACUUAUCGAUUACACAAAACCUCUGAGGAUAAACAAUUCAUUUCUGUGAUAGAUAUAUGUUAUAGAAACUUUAAACUUGAAGGGCUGUGUCAACUGUUUAUACAGUUGACACAAGAGAUUUGCACAGUGUGACAACAGUGAUAAGAGAGAUUGAUUAUGUCUGGGACAUUUCCUCUGACUUCCCCUUAUGUUCCUUGAAAAAUGAGCCUCGUUCUUCAAAAAAACAAAAAAAA